AUGAAACGACGGGACGAUAAUCUGUUGAACGUGAUUAAGAGACGCGGUGUGCGUUCAUCAGCAUUGCUUGGCGAUAUUAAUAAAUGUAUUCGAAAGCUGGAACGUUUGGAAAGGCUUGCGGAUGAUUUGAAGCGAUUCUCGAAAUCGAGUGCAGACGUAACGAUAUUUUCGCUCGAAAAUGAAGUCAUACCGGUGCAUCGGUUCAUUAUUCAAGUCAGAGCUCCGCGUUUAGUUUCGGUUUGUUUUUAA